AUGCAGCCCCUCCGACGGACCGCCGUGUCCUCCUUCCGCAAAGCGAGACCCUCUCUACGCCAGCAGCCAAAGCGAUACGCGCACGAUUCCCACGGCCAUCCCGCUCACGAUACCCACCACGGCCCCGUAGAAGAGCGCUUCGGCAAAGGCUUCUACAUCACCAUUGGCUCGAUUCCGGCCGGAUUCGCGCUGUACAAGUUCAGCCGCAUGAACACGGACGAGCAGCCCCGGUUCACGCGGUAUAUCAACUCGUGGUCGUACUACAAGACUCGCUGGGCGGAGCGGAAUGAUCUGCAUACGAGGAUGAUUGAGCAGGCGGCGGCGGAUAGGAACUUGUUUCUCAACUCGAGGGGGAGCGCGCAUGUGGAUUUGAGGUUUCCUGAAAUCUUCAACACCGGCUCACCGUGGAACAUCCAAGCGGGCCAGACCGCAAACAUGGACAAGCUGAUUGCGCACUACGAGAAGCAGAGCUUCGAGGCGCAGGAGAAGCAGAUGAAGGAUUUGCAGGAGGGAAAGCUGCUUGCAGAGCAGACGCCAAAGAGGAUCGGGAAGAACCCGCCGAGCCCGUGA